AUUACAUGGAGACUAGUUGGUCAUGCCAAGGAAGGAGUUACCAUUGCCAGAGGGUUGGGAAGAGGCCCGAGAUUUUGACGGGAAGGUCUAUUAUAUAGACCAUAUUAACCAUACCACCAGUUGGAUUGACCCAAGGGAUAGGCAGACUAAGCCUCUGACUUUUGCCGACUGUAUUGGAGAUGAGCUGCCUGUGGGAUGGGAGGAGGCCUACGACCCCCACAUUGGAGCCUUUUAUGUCGACCACAAUACCAAGAGCACCCAGUUGGAGGAUCCGCGGGCCCAGUGGCAGCGGGAGCAGGAGCUCAUGUUGCGGGAUUAUCUGAAUGUGGUUCAGGAAGCGUUGAGCGCCCAAAAGGACAUCUACCAGGUCAAAGAACAGCGACUUCACCUGGCCCAGCAGGAAUAUCGGCAGCUAAAUGAUGCUUGGCGGGACAAGUCGUCCUCAAAGACUAGCUUAAAUUCCAGAUCCUCAUCAAGCAGUAAAUAUGACCCUGACAUCCUCAAAGCGGAGAUUGUUACAGCAAAAAGCCGGGUAAAUAAGCUGAAGAGAGAUUUGGCCUGUAUGAGGCAAGAACUCCUUUAUAAGGAGCAAGGCUUUGAGACAUUGAAAGAAAUUGAUCACAAAGUGUCCAGUGCCUCACAUGGCUACAAACUGCAUGAAGCCCAGGCCAUCCUGAAGGAAGUGAAGACCAUUAGAGAUGCCAUCAGCUCUGGGGAGAAGGAGAAACAGGAGCUCAUGCAGAAACUGGCUGUGCUGAAGGAUGGUUUCCAGUUAGAUUAUGGCUCUCAGUCUGACCUGUGGGCCAGCAAUCCGUCCUUGGCCAACUCAAACCUCUCUCUGCCCCGCCUCUACUCAGACGCCGAGUCUCAAACAGACAUACCUGCUGAGUUUGUAUCAAACUCAAAUAAACUGGCUGAGAAGGUACGACUGAGCCUGAAAUAUGAGGAGGCAAAAAGAAGGAUUGCAAAUAUUGAGGUCCAGAUUGCCAAGCUGGAUAGCGAGGCGUGGCCAGGCCUUCUGGACCCGGAGAGAGAUCGCCUGAUCCUCAUCAACGAAAAGGAAGAGCUGCUAAAGGAACUGCAGUAUGUAACGCCAUGCAAGCGCGCACCCUGCGAGGCAGAGAAGAUCGAGUCUGAAAAGAAGCGACUCGAGAAGGACCUGCAAGCUGCACGGGACAACCAGAGCAAAGCACUGACCGAGAGGUUAAAGCUGCAUUAUAGAAGAAACAAACUAGUGAAGGAGCUGGAAGAGAUGGUGAGGUUGGCGUCUUCCCUUCAUACCCAGCUGAAAAGUCUGUCAGCCAGCACGCUGUCAUGUUCCUCAGGCAGCAGCCGUGGCUCGUUGACUUCCAGCCGAGGAUCCCUGGCCACCUCCAGCUUGGGCUCCACUUCCUCUCUCAGCUUCACAGACAUCUACCUGGAGCAGCCCGAACUGGGCGACCCUGACUUCCAGAACAAACUGGACUCUAUUUUGCAGGAGGGAAGCACCUCUGGCUACAGGCCCUCCAGCUCCAUCACCACCAUCCAUGAGAACGAGGUCUCGUCCUCCUCCAGGCAAGUCGGCAGCGGGCCGGGGGUGGGCCAGAGAACCCAAGUACUGCGGCUGUCAGAGACACCUCACUCCAUGAGCUCCCUGUCCCCGCGUUCCUCGCUGUCUUCCCUCUCUCCUCCUUGCUCACCCCUUGUUACCGAUGCUUCCUUCCUGUCGGGAGAGGCCUUCUCUGGUCCUGCCUCACAGUUGGAUUUAGAUCUGCAAACAAGGCUGAUGGAACUACGGUUAAAAGAGGACCACCAACAGGGUGCAGUAGAGUCUUUGAAAGAUGCUGUUACGCAAACAAGGAUGUCUGGGCCAGAAUUGAAGAAGGCAGGAGUAACGUCAGCAGUGUCUGACGAAUCAGUAGCAGGUGAUAGUGGGGUAUACGAGCCCUCAGAGAAAAGGUCGGGGCUUCCUGUUGAGCAACAGCUGGGCUAUGAUGACGGGAGCUCAGCAAGCAGUGCUCAGAUCAAACUCGGCCUGAAGUAUGAAGCGAAAGACAAGAGGUUCACAGUGUUCGUAAUGCAGCUCUCCAACUAUAGCGCACUCUCCCUGCCAGCCAACCAGAACAUAUAUGUCCGUGUGGUGGUACUGCCAUGCUCGGAGCCCGUUCGCUGCCUGUUCCGCACCCACGGGGCUCUGCCGCAGGAACCCUUAGAGUUUAAGGAAGCGUUUAGCCUGCAGUUGUCCUCCGCUGCUCUCAGACAGAAGACUCUACGCAUUGAUGUCUGUAGCACCAGCAAGGCUGGUCGAGAGGACUGUCUAGCUGGUGCUCAGAUCAGUUUGGCUGAUGAAGAGUAUUCAGAGGAGUGGUGCACCAAGUGGUACAACCUCCUCAACUGCACAUACAUGCCAGAAAUGGAUGGAAAGCACAAGGAAAGAGAGGUCUCUGUUCAGCAGGAGCUGGCUCCCAGCACCUCAGAGGGCACUGUUGCACGCCUAGAGAACGCUCCUCUGGAGGACUGCCCCGCAGAGGCUUUGGAGGGUGACGUGUUUGUGGAUGAAGAAGGUAGUGAUGGUGAGGAGGACGAGGAGUUCUACCCCGAUGACUGCCAGUGGGAACAGGAGGAAGAGCCAGUUAAACCUGGACCAACAGCAGUCAUAACGGAAAAGGUGAAUAAACAGACAAGUGUGGACGGUCUCCCGCAUUCUGCUUCGGUCGUUCGGCCCAAGGAGCGGCGACAUGAUGUCCAUCAGCAAAACCCUUUUAUGCGAGGAAACACCAUCAUCCGGUCCAAGACAUUUUCCCCUGGACCUCAGAGCCAGUAUAUCUGCAGGAUCAACCGCAGCGACAGUGACAGCUCCACCCUGUCUAAGAAAUCUCCCUUCGUCCGGAAUGCCUCAGAGAGACGCAGUGUUCGAAUGAAGAAGCCACAGAUGCAGGUCAAAGGUCUGGACGGGCUCCUGCGCACCUCUCUGGAUCUGGAGCUGGACUUGCAGGUCACUCGCACACGGCACAGCCGACUGAACGAGGAACUGCGUGUGCUGCAGGAGCUAAAGGAGCAGUUAGAGAGCGCCCGGCAACAGGGCCAGCAUGUCCUUCCCACAUGGGUGCAGGAGGAUGAGCGCUUUCGUCUGCUGCUCAAACAUACAGAGAGACAGACCCAUGAAGAGCAGCUACAGGAACAGAGGGUAGAGAAGAUGAUGCGAGCAGCAGCCAAGGAUGUGCACAAGAUUCGUGGACAGAGCCUCAAGGAGGUUCCUGGGGUCCAGUCCUUUAGAGAGAAGAUGGCCUUCUUCACCAGGGCAAAGAUAAACAUUCCUGACCUACCAGCUGAUGACGUGUAGAAGAUAUCCAUCUUAACUGCUGUUUCCAUGGAGACAAAACUGACAUCUGGCGGUAUUAGGAAGAAUGAAGAACGGUGUGACAGGAAAAUGUAUGUUGGGCAGGAAAAAUGUAAUUUUAAAACACUGGGUUUUAACUCUCAAAACUGAAAUUGUAUAGAGCCGUGUUUUUUUGUUUGUUUGUUUUUUUUAGAUAGAUUUAUUUUUUAAUUUCACCAUGUUCUGUUACUAAUAAGAGUAUGUCCGUAUCUGUACUAGGUAUUUUACUGGUCAUUCAAAAACACCAGUUCGUCUUUGAAACGAGCUCUGCUAAUUGGGCAGAACUGCUUACUGUAACUCUUGAAGAUGUGAAUACAGAUACUUUAGGGUACUACUUCUGUUCAUAGCACAAGGGUUCAGGACAAAAUGAAUGGGCAUAAAUCCUGUUAUUCCAGUCACGUCCCUCUAAAACAAGCACAUCUGUCCACAUUUAUGUUCAACAGUUGUUGUUUUUUUUUGCUAAUGUGUAAACGGUUACAGAUGUUAGCAAGCAUGAAUCUAAAGCAUGAGUUAAUUAGACCUCUUAGUAGACUAAAUUGAUUGCUAACAGUUCUCCAUGUUCGUUUUGUUAAUUGCACAUGCAAACAAGACACGUUAGUGCAAAUGUUCGUAAAAUGAUGUAGAAACUGCACUUAGUUCCACAAACUCUCAGGUAGAAUAUCAGAUAGUUCAUGCACUUUAAUAGAAAAAAGGCAUCGAUAUAGAGAAUUAAGCAAAAAAGCACAUUGUGAACGCUAAGAUCGUACUAUCCCAUAUACUAGCUCUUGUUGCAUCUUUGGAAAACUUUAAGCGUCUUUUUAGGUUAUAUUAACUUUCCAGUCUAGUUCCUACAGUGGCAUGUUCUAAUAGUGUUUCAUUUCUACUGGUUUGGAUCUCUUUUAAUCUAAAACCCCCCCUCACAACCGGGGUCUAGUUUGCUCUAGACUACAAACUUGGCUUUGUAUGUAACUAAUAAGCUACUGAACACAAACGGUAGCAUCAUUUCAUUUACAUCAAAGCCAGUAUCUUAACAAAACUUAUUUUAAUUGCUACCUACCAGUACUAGAAGAGUCUUUGGUGUGUUGAAUCUCAAAAAAUCUUAUCAUA